AUGUCACACCAAGAAGACGUCGUUGACGAUACUGAAGAAGAAUACAUCAAUGUUAAUGAAGUAGCUGAAGAAGUUGCUGAUGAUGAUCAAUAUCAAGCGCCACCCGAUGAAGAAGAUGAGGAGAUGGAAGAAGAUGAGACUUUGGAGAUCGACAUGUCCAAUAAUUCAUGGGCUUAUUUCGAUAAACACGCCGAUAGUAUAUUUACCAUUUUUUCACAUCCUAAAUUGCCAAUGGUUUUGACUGGCGGUGGUGACAACACUGCAUACUUAUGGACCACACACACUCAACCACCAAGAUUUGUUGGCGAGAUUACUGGACACAAAGAGUCUGUUGUAUCUGGAGGGUUUACUGCAGAUGGGAAGUUUGUUGUUACCGCCGAUAUGAAUGGCUUAAUUCAAGUUUAUAAAGCCACAAAGGGAGGUGAACAGUGGGUAAAGUUUGGGGAAUUGGACGAAGUGGAGGAAGUCUUGUUUGUUACUGUGCAUCCAACAUUACCAUUCUUUGCCUUUGGUGCCACCGAUGGAUCUAUAUGGGUUUAUCAAAUAGACGAGUCUAGUAAACUGCUAGUGCAAAUCAUGUCUGGGUUCUCUCACACGUUAGAGUGUAAUGGAGCUGUAUUUAUACAAGGCAAAGAUGAAAAUGAUUUGACUUUGGUCUCUAUAAGUGAAGAUGGAACUGUGGUGAAUUGGAAUUGUUUCACUGGCCAGGUGAAUUAUAAAUUACAGCCGCACGACGACUUUAAAGGAGUUGAAAGUCCGUGGGUAACUGUCAAAGUUCACGGUAAUCUUAUUGCCAUCGGUGGUAGAGAUGGACAAUUAUCAAUUAUAAAUAAUGACACUGGUAAGAUUGUUCAUUCGCUCAAGACAUUAGACAAUGUCGAUGAUAUUGCUGAACUUUCAAUUGAAGCAUUGAGCUGGUGUGAAAGCAAAAAUAUUAACCUAUUAGCAGUGGGCUUGGUUUCCGGUGACGUUUUGUUAUUUGACACUCAACAAUGGAGAUUAAGAAAGAAUUUAAAGGUAGAUGAUGCCAUCACUAAAUUACAGUUUGUUGGUGAAACCCCCAUUUUGGUAGGAAGUAGCAUGGAUGGUAAAAUUUAUAAAUGGGAUGCUAGAACUGGUGAGGAGUUGUUUGUGGGUGUUGGACAUAACAUGGGUGUAUUAGAUUUUGCUAUUUUGGAUGGAGGUAAAAAGUUAGUGACUGCUGGUGAUGAAGGUGUUUCCUUGGUGUUUGUACAUGAAUAG